UCUUGUGGGAACUCACACUCGAGGCAUUUUUCUUUUCAAAAGGACAAGCAAAGGAAAGUUCGUCAAGUAUAUCUGUAUCUCUGUGUGGAGGCUAUGGCGGAGAUGGGCCAGGCGACGGAGGUGUACGCUUGGCGGCCAGUUCAUGUGUGGCGGUCGCUGAUGGACUGGGUGGCGUUUGUGGUGCAAAUAAUCGCGCAGAUCGUGAGGGGCACGCCCUCGGUGGCCCAGUUCGUACUCUCCCACAUCGGCCUCACCGCACUCCCUCUCCCUUCUCUUCUCGCUUCCUUUUCCUCCUCUUCUCCCUCCUUCAAGCCCUUGCCCUCUGUCGAGCUCUCUCUCGACGACUCCAAUGCUUCUCCGCACGUGUGCGUCGACGGCUGCGCGGAUGAAGAUAACGACCACGACGACCAUCACCGCGUCGAAAAGCUCACGGUGGUUCUUGAUUUGGAUGAGACUCUAGUAUGUGCAUACGAAACUUCUAGCUUGCCUGCCAUUGUUCGAAAUCAAGCAAUAGAAGGAGGAUUGAAGUGGUUCGAGAUGCAAUGUGUAUCUGCGGACAAGGAUUCUGAAGGAAAAGAAAAGAUCAAUUACGUGACAGUGUUUGAACGUCCCGGUUUGCAAGAGUUCUUAGAACAGAUUUGUGAGUUUGCGGAUCUUGUUCUAUUCACCGCUGGUCUUGAAGGUUAUGCUAGACCGCUUGUUGACAAAAUAGAUGCAGAGAACCGAUUUUUCCUUCGUCUUUAUCGGCCUUCAACGGUUAGCACAGCACAUCGAGAACAUGUGAAGGAUCUGUCAUGCUUAUCAAAAGAUCUCUGUCGAAUUGUUAUUGUUGAUAACAAUCCAUUUAGUUUCCUGCUGCAACCACUGAAUGGAAUACCAUGCAUUCCAUUCUCCGCUGGACAGCCAUAUGAUGACCAGCUUUUGGAGGUCCUGCUUCCACUCCUCAAGCACCUCUCCCUGCAAAACGACGUUAGGCCCGUACUUUAUGAGCAGUUUCACAUGCCGGAAUGGUUUCAAAUGCAUGGGGUUCCUGUUUCUUGAUUGACAGUGAGAUUAAUUAGUUCACAUGGACGAGCUAUGAUAUUUUGUAGAAGAACUUUUCAACCUGAUGUUAUCAAUUCUUGUAUAUUGUCAUUGAUUGGGCAGCUGUGAACCAUAGAAUUCUAGACUUUCGGGAUAACCUGCAACCAUUAUGGUCUAAACUAUAAGAGAAAUAUCUGGACAGCAGGUUUAUCAAGAUUGGAUUGACUUCUCAUAAUUGUGUAUUACCACAAGGUCUCAAAUUAAUUGGUAAGGUUUUAAAUUUGUUUAGGUUCAGCUGUCUUUCUCCAAGUAACAAUUUGUUCCUCUUGAUAUGUAAAUGAGCUAAAUGUAGUGAGUUUUUGUCUUUUGCAAUAUCACCAA